UGUUUCUUUUAAAACCUCAUUUUCUCGUUCUCCACAGCGAAGAAAAAAGAAAAGAAAAGAAAGAAACGCGCUGAAAAGAAAAGGAGGUCAUCGUACGACAACAAUUCCACAAGAGAAUUAGAAGUCAAGGAAAUUUAAGAUUCGUGUCUGGUCUCGAAGAUUUUGAUUUCUUGAAGCGAAUUUCUUCGCUAUUUGUUGACAGGUAAAUUUCGCUUUCCGGGUCAGGGUUUCAGAAUUUGGAGUUAUUAUAAUUGGAAGAAAUUCUGGGUAUCAAAAUCCAAUUGGAUUGUGAGCUAUUACAAAGCUUGUUUGGUGUUUGUGUUGUGAUUCUGAAACUCUUGUAGUUUUCCAGUACUGGGAUCAUAAUUAUUGGGUCCUGAGAUCGAGAAUAUGGGUACUCUUAUUCAAGGUUCUAACGCCACUUCCAUGUCCAUGGAUUCUAGCAAGAAGAGGAAAAGGGCAAGUAAUAAAUCUGUAGCUGAGACCCUUCAAAAGUGGAAGGAAUACAAUGAGUAUCUUGAUGCUCAAGGUGAUGAAGGUAACAAACCAGUUCGUAAAGUUCCUGCCAAGGGCUCAAAGAAGGGGUGCAUGAAAGGUAAAGGAGGGCCAGAGAAUUCAGUCUGCAAUUACAGAGGUGUGAGACAGAGGACAUGGGGGAAGUGGGUUGCUGAGAUUCGGGAGCCAGACAGAGGGCCUAGGCUAUGGCUUGGUACUUUUCCUACUGCCUAUGAAGCUGCUCUUGCCUAUGAUAAUGCUGCACGAACUAUGUAUGGUCCUCGUGCUCGUUUAAACAUUCCAGAUGUGGUGAAUUCAACAAGCUCAUCGAAGGAUAACUUCUCUGCUGUGACACCAUCAUAUUAUUAUUCAGCUGCAAGUCCUGCUGACUCCGUCACCACAUCAACCCACUCUGAGGUUUGUGCGUACGAGGAUCCUAACCAGAAUGUAUUAAGCCAUGCUGAGGAUUGGAUGACAAAUAUAUCAAGCCAAGCUGAGGUUUGCGAGCAGAAUGCAUCAAGCCAAACUGAGGUUUACGAGCAGAAUGUAUCAAGCCAGCAUGUCGAGGAUUGUUCUCGGGGAGUUGAAAAAAAUAGCAAGCUGAGUCAAGAUGAGCUGAAGAUUCAACCAGAAAAUCCUUCGUGGGCCAAUGACUGUCACGACUACGGCUGGGAUGAGAUCUUUAGCGUAGAAGAGCUGCUAGGGGAUAUCGAUUCUGGGAUGACAGGAGCAGAGGGGUACUUCAGCUUAGGAUUUUGACAGUUUUGUAGCGUUUUCUCGAGUAAAAUAGUGUUUGUAUUUCUAGGCUGAUUGAAGGCUCGUAAAUUAUAAUGUAAACUGGUUUUUUAGUCCCUUGGUUUGCAUUUUGCAAACUAGAAGCCAAACUUGAAAAGCAAUUGUUAAUUGUCAAACUGAUGCUAGUGAACUAAGCUAGAGAUCUCGUCAUUCAUUUAGGGGGUAUUUAAUUUUUUUUUGUA